AUGGCCGCAGACGAGAGCACCAGACAGCCAUCUCUCGCUCCACCUGCCCUCGCAGCUCUACGCGAGGAAGGUACGAGGGAGCGGAUGCCCAUGGAACGGACACACAGCAUUGACAUGAGAAGUGAGCGUGAGGAUCUCAAAGCAGCGGCAGAGCAAUCUCUGAAUGUCAUACUCGACCUUGGACUGGAUGGGGCGAUACGCUGGGUUAGCCCUUCCUGGAAGGAUGUCGUUGGCACGCCUGUCGAAUCUGUCAAGAACAAGCCUAUUGUGGAUAUUCUGCUAUCCAACAGAGAUGGCUUUGCCAAUGCUGUCCAGUCAAUGAAGGAGGAUGAUUCAAAGAGUCGGGUCAUACGAUUCCAAGUGCAGAAGGGGCCUUUCUCGGUGCUAAAGCAAAGCAUUGAGAAGGAUGAAGAGAUGCCGGAUGGGGACAACUUAGAAGAGGAUGCAGAAGAUGAGGAGCAAAUGUUGAACCUGGAGGGCCAGGGAAUCAUGGUCUACGACAGAUCAUCCGAUGGGGAAGGUCAUACAAUGUGGAUGCUGCGACCCUCCAACCCACCAAGAGAAAUCACGAUCGACCUCCCAGAACUUCUUGUCGAGUCACUCGGUCUUGGAGCUGAGAUCUUGGCCCACUACCUCACAAGCCUGGCAGAAUCAGGAGCGAACGAUCCAGAAAACCAUCCACCCCCUCUUCCUGUUCUAUGCCGCAUCUGUGAGCGUCAGAUAACGCCUUGGUGGUUUGAGAAACACUCAGAAGGUUGUACCCAGGAGUACCGCGCAGAAGAAGCCGUCACGCUCGCCCAAGACGCUCUUGCAGCCCAUCGGCCGGCCAUUGUCAAAAUUUUGGACGCACUCGAUCCUGAAACACGUCAGAGCCGAUCGGUCCCUGGGGAAGCAAACCCACAUGCUACACCGCCCGAAUACAAAGGCUUACCUAUCGGGCCUUCCCCUUGUUCAUCAGGGACGGACUCCGGCAGAGCGUCUCCUGCUAUGCCCUCGCGAUCACGCGAAUCAUCCAGUUCUGGUAUGGGCCACGGCCAUGUCCGCGUGAAGUCUUUCACUGUUCGCCGUCCAUUGUACCGAGUUGCUGAGCUGAUCAUUGAUCUGUGCGACACCGCCAUGGCUAUCAAUACGCCAGCAAUCAAAGAGAACAGAACUCAAGCAGAUGUUGAUGGUGAUAUCAGGACCCAGUCCCCUCAUUCAGAAUCACUAAUCUCGCAGAUCUUGCAAUGGUCGAGUCCCAGUGCCAAUACCUUAGAGCAUGAGCAAGGUCUCGCCGCUCUGACUGCAGAUACGGAAAACCUUGCCCGUGCCAAAGUGGAGGCUGUCCUGCGCCAUCGAGAGAUCAUUGAAUAUGCAGAGCGGAUUCGCGUGGAAUUCAACUCGCUUGUCCUUGACUGCAUUGAUGCUGCGAUGCAGAAGGCAAAGAAAAUCAAGGAAGGUCAACUGAGUGAUUCGUCCGAGGAAGAGAAUGAGGAAGAAGCGCAAACGCCUGCUGCCCACGAAUCUUCUUUCCCUAUGGGCGCAUAUGAUGGGCCUUCGUCCAUGGCUUCCGCUCUACGAAAUGCCUCAGACCCAUCAAUUGCAUCGCAAUUCGAACGGAGACCGUCCUCAUCUGUAGCAGCGUCGUCCAGGUCCAGCAGUCCUAUGGAAUGUCCAACGCCACGAUCCCACAAGAACAGCAUCUCGUUCCUCGGCAGGUCAGACUCUGUCAGCAAGCGUAUCUCGUUGCAUUUGGGGAGUGACGCUGGAGAUAGCGAUAGCAAUACGUCCCAUUCCAUGCUUGUCGGGAGCAGGCGAGCUCAAUCACCUAGCUCAGAUCUUGCUUUGGGGAGGUCAGCAAGUUCAGGCGAAAGAAAGCGCAGAAGUCUCAGGCUGCCUAUUGUGCCAUCCCCAAAACGGCAACCUUCUCCAGGACGCAUGCCUCCGCCAUCAUCUCCAUUGAGGAUCCCUAAGCCUCGACUUCCAUUAGGCGAAGAUUUAGUGCCUUCUCUGCCUUCUCCUGUGACAUCUCCCCCACUCUCGAGCACCGAGAUGUCAUCGCCGGUCGUUCCUGCGCACCGACAUCGCCGUCAAUCCUCGGCGGCGUCAUCAACGGCUGAUUUUACAAGACCUCCGGUCUCUCCAAAGCUUGCAGGGCUUAGCCAGCCACCAGCGCGAGCUGUGCCAACAUCCAUCAAAGAUUUCGAAAUUAUUAAACCAAUCAGCAAAGGUGCCUUUGGCAGCGUGUACCUUUCAAAAAAGAAGUCUACAGGAGAUUACUUUGCAAUCAAAGUCCUGAGAAAGGCAGACAUGGUUGCAAAGAAUCAGGUCACGAACGUUAAGGCGGAACGAGCCAUAAUGAUGUGGCAGGGCGAAAGCGAAUUCGUAGCCAAGCUUUACUGGACUUUCUCAAGCAAAGACUACCUCUUCCUUGUGAUGGAGUAUCUGAACGGUGGUGAUUGUGCGGCUUUGGUGAAAGUGCUUGGAGGCUUGCCGGAAGAUUGGGCUAAAAAGUACAUGGCAGAGGUGGUGCUAGGGAUCGAGCAUCUGCACAGUCGUGGCAUUGUUCAUCGUGACCUGAAGCCAGACAACCUUCUUAUUGAUCAGAAAGGGCAUCUCAAACUUACAGAUUUUGGCCUAUCACGGAUGGGGCUUAUAGGUCGCCAGAAGCGAGCUCUCAAAAGUCCAAACCAGUCUACUCCAGAUCUACUCAAAUAUGGGCCAUUUGCACGCGCCACUUCGAUGACUUCCUCUCGAUCUGCGUCUUUCGAUCUACAAGGUGGCCACUCGCCUCAGUCAACGCCAGUAAUGACGCCAGACCUAGCAGGGUCCAUUGGACAGCCAUCCUACUUCAGUCUGAAUCGCGAUUCUGUACUUGGCAGAGAGCAUUCGAGGAGAAAGUCUGGGUAUCGAAGUGACAGUGGCAACAGUGACACCUUCAACGCACUCUUUAGGAACUUCUCUCUGAACGAUGAGACCUCCCAGCGGGGCGCCCCAAUCGAAGAGGAGACCUACAGCGAAGGCGAAGGAUCUCCAGAUUUAUACGCACUACGGCCUAACAUUAGCAAUGCCAGCGCUGGCCAACCUGAAACUCCACCACAGAACAACAUGCUGCCUCCUCCACUGGCUUUGUUCGACCCGGAGGACCAGAAUCGAAGGUUCGUAGGGACUCCUGAUUAUCUCGCGCCAGAGACCAUCAACGGAUUAGGCCAGGAUGAAAUGAGUGAUUGGUGGUCUUUGGGAUGCAUCCUGUUCGAGUUUAUAUACGGUUACCCUCCGUUCCAUGGCGACACUCCCGAGAAAGUCUUCGAAAACAUCCUCGCUCGUAAGAUCGAUUGGCCUGAAGAUGAAGACUCUUCCGUUUCGGAAGACGCCAAAGAUCUCAUGAUAAAACUUAUGACCGUCGAAUCUAAAGAUCGUCUUGGUGCGAAUAUGGCGGAGAAGUACUCGUCAGGUGGGGAAGAAAUCCGUCAGCAUCCGUGGUUCAAUGGAGCAAAAUGGGAGACAUUGCUCGAAGAUGAGGCUCAAUUCAUUCCGGCCCCGGAGAAUCCAGAGGAUACUGAAUACUUUGAUGCCAGGGGUGCUACUCUACAGACAUUUACAGAAGAAAUGGAAGCCCAAGGAACAUCGCCGGUUGUUACUCCUGGGGCUGCAGACUAUCCAGACAGGCCUCACGACGCCCUUUCACGCGUCAGGAACCAAGUCAAUUCAUUAAAGCGAGGUUUGAUGCCGCUUCACAUACCUGCCCACGUUCGAGAUGGUCGUAGCAGAAGACUCAGCGAGCCCGUGGCGACGGAUGACUUCGGUAACUUUGCUUUCAAGAAUCUUCCGGUCCUCGAAAAAGCCAACCAAGAUGUGCUCCAAAAGCUACUUGCAGAAUCGACGCAAAGACAGCCCAGGAACUCUGCUUCGAUCCAAUCGCCAGGUGCUAGCUCGACAGUGCCUUCUUUAGAGGGUAGCCCGCUUCUACCUAUGCCACUGAAACGAGCACGGUCAGCGAACAAAGGCACCCGGCCUGCCUCACCAUCGAAUCUCGCUCAGUCUGCUGCUUCGCCCAAUCGAGCCUCCCAACCAUCUUCCCCACUACUCGUGCAAUUCUCCACUGGUCAGAACCACGAGCGCAGGAAAACCUCUAGCACCUCUUCAACCUUGUCACAUCAGUCCAAUAAUUCGUUGCAACCAGGUCAAUACUUUGACGUUCCUAGACUGCCCACUGGAGUCUCCGCUCCUUCUGCAGCCUCUGCCACCUCCUCUCCUAUUAAACCGAACCGCAACUCCAUGGGAAUGCAAAUAGCUUCACCUGAAAGGUCGACUAUAACGCCUCGCCCACACAGCAUGCACAUGCCAUCGCGGGCUAGAUCGCAAACCGUUGGGUCUCAAGAGGCAGACCUUCCUCUUCCCAACAAGCCUUUCACUCAUCACAAACGCCAAAGCCAAGUGCUCGACAUUUCUCCCUCGUCGUCUGACAAUGAAGAUCCUCGUGCGAAAGCUCUUCUUCGCGUUCAACGAAGAAGGCAAAGCUCAAGGAGGAUGUCUCAAAUCAUGCUCGCGGAUGGUCCGUCCUUCCGUCCUCUGGAUGUUCUCAUCUGCGAGGAUCAUCCCGUCUCCAAAUUGGUCAUGGAGAGGUUGCUUGAGAAGCUCAGGUGUCGUACCAUUACUGUCAGUAAUGGUACAGAAGCUGCACGUUAUGCCAUGAGCGAGGUACAGUUCGACAUCAUCAUGAUGGAAUUCAAGCUUCCUCAAAUCAAUGGAGCGGACGUCGCCCGUAUGAUUAGGGACACCAAGAGCGCCAAUACCCAGACACCAAUCAUUGCUGUGACUGGAUAUCUGAAAGAGCUACCGCAAACUCAUCACUUCGACUCGCUAAUGGAGAAGCCUCCGACCUUGGAGAAGCUCACCGAAGCUUUGUGCAAUCUUUGUGCGUGGAAGCCUCCACCACCAGGCUACAAUCCACAGCAGCAGCAAAGUCAGCAGCAACAGCUUAUCCCUUCUGGACUUCGUAAAGAGUCUCGACAUGCAGAAGACAGUCCAAGCUCGCAGUCUUCUGGCCCCUUUGCGCAGGUCAAUGGGUUGUACAAGCGGUCAAGCCGUGAACAUUCGAUCGGUUCUAGCUUCUUCGGUGAUACUGACUCAAUAAAUACCGAAGACGUACCCGUUAUCGUCGGUCGACCAUCAGAUGACUGGCCUUCGAGUACUGGUCUAGGAAUCUCCGAAGAUUUUUCGCCGCCUAACAUUGACUUCAUCCAUCCUGGUCUUCCACAUUUGAUUCAUCAAAACUCCGCACCUUCCUCUCUAGAUCCACGGACUUCGCGGAAGCAACACUCCGUCGAAGCUGUCAAAGCAAAGCGCGAGACGCUAGAGAAGAACGCCGAAUUUGGCGACGACGAAGACGAAGAGUUGUGGCUUCCCUCACGCGCGAGGAGCCCGCAGGGCAAACCCCGUGGCUCGAAGCUCGGCAUUGAGAUGAUGAGGACGAACAGUCGCGGGAGUGUCACUUCUGGUGGUGCAGAUGAGCCGACUGCUCUGCCAAAUAUCACAUCAAACCCUGAUAUCGAUAUGCCUCAUGUCCCAUAUCACGAUCACGCCACGAUUGAACCACCGGAGAUUUUCUCCAGAGAAGCGAGAGGAGAUGCAGUCAAGGUUGUGGAUAUGGAUGCCACCCCCAGGCCUAGUACUGCCGCAGCCGAAGCUGCCAUUGAAAACUCAAGCUUGUCCGCAACUUCGCCCUCACCUACUAAAUAG